GUUGGCAUUCCAAGCGGAAAUCCGAACUUGACAUCGCCGCAAACCACCGACAACCAAUCGAUCGAUCUCUAGACGCGACAAGCGCUUGCGCAGUUUCAAGCUUGCAUCUUGUUCAAGUGUUCACAAUUUACAAGUGAGCUGCUUACUUUCUUUCCCAGUGGUGUGGUUCCAAUAUAGAUUGCUUCUAUUCUAGAAUAUGUCUGAAACAGCGGAAACUGGUCCCACUGCCAGCUCAAGAGGGAGAGGGAGAGGCAAGUCGCGAGGUGGCUUAGGUAAAUAUCUCCGUGCAAGAGGGCGUGGACGAGGACGAGGACGCCCAGCAGAGUUUCGGGAGCGUCUUGUAUUGGAAGAUGAACAGGAGAUAGAGCUUGAUGAAGAAGAAGCGAAAGAAUUUGAACAGAAAUUUGCUAGGAGGCAGCUGGGUUCUAAUGUCGAUAGAUAUGUGGAACCUGAGCCGGAGCUCGAUUCUGAAGGGGAACAAAUCGUGGAACCCGAAGUUGACUUGUCGUCCUUCCUCGAACGACAACGACUCUCGGGGGACGAACAACUUACAGUUGUAGCGCCGAACGAGGACCAGGAUGACAUUGACAUUAGUCUCGCGCAUCAUGGUGUACGUGCUCAAGUGAUUGCCAACCAAAGGAAAGGCAAAGUGCAACAGAUCGAGUGGGAUGAAUCGUUGGAGAUCCUAAGCAGGGAGAAGGCUACUGCAGACGCUACUAGAGAAUUGAAAGAGCGAUUCCGAGCUCGAACGGCGAAUCAACGAGCCCGAGGUUCUGCGACGAAGACGUCCACUCGACCGACUCAUCGAGAUAAGGACUAUGUUAACGCUCCAGCUCUUCCGACCGAUGGACCAGAGCCAGAAAGGUCUGCCAAGGAGAACAUGGAGGAGUUCCUCGACGAUCUCUUGGCCUAGCAAACUGGUCACUUCGACAGUUCUUGCUAUCCUCAAGGAUAGGAUAUCCUCAUAAUUAGCGCCUCUUCCUCGACGACCUUACGUUAUCUCGCGAAGCUUCCAGGUGACUUCAAAGAGAGGCAUCAUCUCACACAGCAUCGAGGUGAAAGGAUUAGGGGGCGCAAGUAAUCAUUGCGAUCUGAUCAACUCUAGGGUACUGUUAUACAACCCGAGCUCGCGGGUAGGUCACGACAGAUCCAGAGAAGUGUGAAGGUAAUCUGGGCAGCUACUGGAUACAGUGGAAACGAAAACACGAGGAAGAACAUGAUAUCAAUGGAUGGAGAAUAGAAUGCGCGAGUCAAAGCAAGAAAGUGAGGGGUAUGUGGGUGUUUUGAGCGAGGUAUAGGAAUAGAUAAUAAAUAGGGCAUUAUGUGUACGUAGAAAAUCAAGAGAAGUCAGUGUCGGUUUAGGCUUUGACAGAGGUGGAUCAGACGGUGCGGUCUAUUGGGGUAUUACGGUGUAUCGAGACAUCGAUACUAGGCACAACCGAAGCUCCAUCCUCAGAAGAUCUUUGCACGACAGUCGGAGGAGUGAAAGGUCGAUGGUAAGGUGGCGAAGCAGGCAUAGUAGCAUACCACUCCUGCUGCCUUGAUUCCCUCGUCGGAAUAGGGAACAAUGGUGUAGGUGGUCGUGAAGCAGGGAACUCGUCGGAUAUGGAUAUUCGAUGAUCUGUCGAGGAGGUGGAGACAUGUGAUGUGAU